AUGUCAUACAAGAAGAGUUUACUAUUGUGUCUUCAGAUAAGUCUUUUAGGAAUCAGUCUUGGUGGAAAUGUUCUAAUAUGGCCCAUGGAAGGUAGUCAUUGGCUAAAUAUUAAGAUAAUUAUAGAUGAAUUGAUAAGGAAAGAACAUAAUGUGACUGUCUUAGUUGCCUCUGGUGCACUGUAUAUUUCUCCAACCUCUCAUCCUUCUCUGGCAUUUGAAAUAUACAAGGUCCCCUUUAGCAAAGAAAAAAUAGAAGAUGUAAUAAAAAGCUUUGUUUUGACUUGGAUGGAAUAUAGACCAUCUCCUUCAACAAUCUGGAAGUUCUAUCAGGAAAUAGACAAAGUCCUUCAGGAGUUCCACUUAGUUUCUAAAGAAAUCUGUGAUGGUGUUCUGAAAAAUUCAAAAUUGAUGGAAAAACUGAAGAACAGCAAUUUUGAGGUCUUGGUAUCAGAUCCAGUGUUUCCUUGUGGUGAUAUAGUAGCAUUAAAACUGGGAAUUCCAUUUAUAUACUCCUUAAGAUUUUCUCCGGCAUCAACAGUUGAAAAGCACUGUGGAAAAGUGCCCUACCCUCCUUCAUAUGUUCCUGCUAUUUUAUCGGAACUCACUGACCAGAUGUCCUUCACUGACAGAAUAAGAAAUUUCAUCUCCUACCAUCUUCAGGACCACAUGUUUUAUACUAUAUGGAAACCUUGGGAUUCUUACUAUAGUAAAGAAUUGGAUGGUAGCCACUGGUUAAAUAUUAAGGUCAUUCUAGAAGAGUUGACUAAAAAAAAUCACAAUGUGACAGUACUUGCUGCAUCAGAAACUUUAUUCAUCAACUCAAAUCCCAAUUCUUCUGUGAAUUUUCAAGAGGUACCUGUUUCUUACAAGAGCAACACUAUAGAUGAGUUAAUUGAACAUAUGAUAGCUCUUUGGCUAGAUCAUCGACCAACACCUUUCACACUCUGGAGAUUCUACAAAGAACUAGGAAAACUGCUGAAUACUUUUUUCCGAAUUAAUAUUCAAAUCUGUGAUGGAGUAUUAAACAACCUCGAAUUAAUGAAAAAACUUCAGAAGGGUGGUUUUGAUGUGUUGAUUGCAGACCCAGUAACAAUCUGUGGGGACUUGGUUGCUCUGAAAUUAGGAAUACCAUUCAUAUAUACAUUGAGGUUCUCCCCAGCUUCAACAGUGGAAAGACACUGCGGAAAAAUUCCAGCACCUGUCUCCUAUGUACCUGCAGCGUUGUCAGAACUCACUGAUCAAAUGACCUUUGGAGAAAGAGUUAAAAAUACCAUAUCUUAUUAUCUACAAGAUUACAUUUUUCAAUCCUAUUGGGGAGAAUGGAGUUCAUACUACAGCAAAAUUCUAGUCCAGUGCAUUGUUUCUUAUUAA